GUUCCGCAGGUACAUCCAUAUGCAAAGAUGGCAUUGGGUGUGCUAUCUUGCGCAUCCAAAAUAAUUCUUGCUCAAGCAGAUCGCGACGAAGCGAUACUCGACCUCUACAAGAAGUUGGGUCAAGUGUACAGCUUCAUGACGCAAGACGACACACUUGAUCAGAUUUCGUCGAUGAGCACCAUUUUGGGACAGAUCUCUCAACAGACCCUUGAAUGUGCGCAUUUCAUCAGGAAUUAUUCAGAGAAGAAAAACUUUUGGAAGAGACUUGGAAAGAACGUUCUUUCGGAAACAGACGACACGAUACAACGGUAUAAUAACGUGUUGGAUGCGCUUAUGCAAAACUUCCGGGACCAAGUUGCUCGCGACGUAGCCAUCUACAUCCACCAUACAGUCAUUUAUACUUUUACAGGUGAAAUACUGGACCUCAGUGGUAUGGCUUAUGCGGAGGCCGCAGGACUAGAUACUAGGAAACGAUGUCUGCCAGGGACGCGCACGGACAUUCUCUCCAACAUCAUGAGAUGGAUCAACGACAGUGGAGAUGAUGCUCCACGCGUGCUAUGGCUAUCUGGCCCUGCCGGAACGGGUAAAUCAGCCAUCGCUCACACGAUCGCUAGCUCAUUCAUUGGGGUGGGCGGACUCGGUUCUUGUUACUGCUUCGACCAAAACAUGGACGAUCACCAUAAAAAGGUCUUCUCUACCAUUGCGCGCGACCUGGCCGACUGUCAUCCCCAGAUGAGACAAGCGUUAGCAGACGCAGUCCGGAACGCAAAUGCGCUCAAGACUACAGCGGAUAUCGUACAGCAGUGGCAGGAGCUUCUUAUUGAACCGCUAGGGAAGCUUUCUGAGUCACCUGUAGGGCCUGUUGUGAUCAUUAUUGACGCACUAGACGAAAGUGGCAAGGCAGUGGAGACACGCAGCGACCUUCUACGCAUUCUUGCCGGUAAACUUCGAGAUCCCACCAUCACUCAUGUCACGAAACUUCCGAAAAACUUCCAGAUCAUCGUUACUUCUCGCCCACUCCAUGAUAUAGAAGCAGCGUUUGCAGGUACUCAACAUAUUCGACGGAUGUCCAUGGACGACAUUUCAUCAGCCAUCGCAGAGCGCGACAUUCAUGCUUACAUAUCGAACCAGUUGGAAGAGUUUUCGGAUUUUGGGGACACACAGUUUCCAGUGCUUGCUAAGAAAGCUGAUGGCCUGUUUGAGUGGGCACAUCUUGCUUGUAAAUCCAUCAAAGCACCCCCUCCUGGCUUAUCUUCAUCCGAGUCCUUCGAUGCUGUGGUAUCCCGCAUUCCCGCUGAGCGGGAAAACUUAUUGUAUGAUAUGUAUGAUUUUAUUUUGACAGAGAUCAUGCGAAUAGACCAAUCUCCCCGUUCUACGUCUCUGCACAAACAGCUAACGAGAUUUCGUUCUGUGAUGGGACAAAUCCUUGGUGCAGCUGAACCCCUCUCUUUGGAGUCCCUGAAUGUUAUGCGGAACCGAUUUCCAGACAAUAGCGAGCAUUACGAAGUGCAAGUCAUGGUCAAACAUAUGGGAUCCCUCCUCAGUGGCACCGCCGGCUCAUCCACCCCCAUCUGA